AUGGCGCUUGCAAAAGCGCUCGUGUAUCUUACAUGGACAUCGACACCGCUCGCAUGGGCAUAUGCGAUCUUUUAUAUAGCCCUGCGUGCGUGCUAUACACAGAAUCUCCCCACACUCGUGCGCCAUAUCCUGCAAGGCACGCUUCCCGUUGGCGCGCAAAAACAUGCGCGUCUUUCCCAGUGUUUUUCGCUCCGGAUCCUCUUUUUCUACUCGGUGCUCGAGGCCUUCUUUUCUCUGUACUACGCGCGCCUCAUCAAAAAGGUGCAGAAACCCAAGUUCUCGCACACCGCAUCGCGUGAAUAUGUGGUGAAAGCCAUCACGUCUGCCGUGCGCGACGGCCUGGCCACUGACGACGGCAAGUGUGACCCAGUUUCUGACGUAGUCCUGGACGUCAAGUCGCCAGCGCACCUUCCGCGCAUCAGCAAGCGUCUCGACUACGACGAUCCAAGGGCGGUGCGUUUCCGCAAAGAGAUGAACGGCUGGUUUAUAGGCAUCGACGACCACCAGAUCACCUCGAACGAUCUGCGCGCGUGGUUUUCCUGGUCGCUCUUUGGCAAGCACUACGCCGAGCUCAAAGCCGAGGUCGAGACGGCGCCCACCGACCAGCACCGCCAGCACCAGCUCGAGUUUAUCGAGGACGCAGUCGCGCUAUUUUCUGCACGCAGUGGUCUGGAACGCUUCCCCGACGACGUCAACCUCACGCCUGCCGAGCUGCGGCUCAAGCGGAUCAUGCUCCUCACGCUCGACCCCGUGGAGGUGAACAUGCGACCCCUUGCCUUGUACGCCACCUUCAAAGCACUGAACAUGUACGCGUACGCUGCCUGGGCGUGGCGCUACGGUCUGGAGCGGCACACGAUCGGCUCUGUUGACUAUCUGAUCUACAUCCCCCCCGGGUGGCGCGUCCAGGACGCGGCCAGCGGCGCGGCGCCCCUCCCCCUCGUCUUUCUGCACGGCCUCGGCAUCGGGAUUGCGGAGUACUUUUUCCUGGUGCGCGCCAUGUUUGACGCGCGCCACGAGAUUCCCGCGCGCCCCGUGCUGAUUCCCCUGCAGCCGUGGACCUCUGCUGACAUUUUCUCUGCGCGUUUUUUGGAGCCGUGGAACGCAGACGAGUGUGCCUCGCUGGUGCUCGGCAUGUUUGAGCGCUAUGGCUUCCAAAAGUGCGGCGUCACAGUCCUUUCGCACUCGAUGGGCACCAUUCUGCAUGCGUGGCUCCUCAAGCGCUACCCCACGCUGCUGAAGCGCUCCACGUUUGUCGACCCCGUGUGCUUCCAGCUCUGGGCGCCCCAUUUGUGCUACCGUUUCUUGUACAAGAAGCCCGCGUCCUUUGUAGAGUACUCGCUGCGCUACUUUGUCGCGCGCGAAGUUGGCACGGCCAAUGUGCUCAUGCGCAACUUUGACUGGUCCGCCAACGUCCUCCUCCUCGACGAGAUCCCACACCGCACGGAUCCGCAGCGCGUGCGCAUCUACCUUGCCGGCAGCGACACGGUCGUCGAUGCCCCCCUCCUCCGCGAUUUCCUCGUGCGCAACGGCAUGAAGCAAGUGCUGCACUACACGCCCGGGCUGCACCACGGCGCGUUUGUGAUGGGCCCCGUGAACUGCAACGCACAGAUUUUACAAGAGCUUGCCGCGCCGCUAUAG